AUGAGCACCACGAGCGAGAGCAGUGCAACCAGCACUUCGAGUACUACCCAAACGUCUACCACUACGCCGCUUUACAUUGUAACCAGUUCGAUGGCAUUCACAAGCUCUGGCACACAAGAUGAUGUAGCAGAUGUUCGGAUUUCUGUUUUGACGGCUUUGUAUGGCAUCAAUGACGAUCAGCUCUCGGUGACCGUUGCUUUGUCAUCAGUCCGGUCAGCUUCUGCCGCGUGGGAUAUCGGGUUUGAGAUAGUGGCACCCAUAGGUUCUGCCGAGCAAGUCUUUGAGACGACGAACGCGAUGACGAACGACUCUUCUAAUCUCACAUCGUCUUUACAGACAAACUUCCAGUCGAAAGGCAUCGAGCUGGUAGCAUCCUCGAUGACGGUCAGAACACCAGAAAUAAAGAUUGUGACCGCCACCGUGACAACUGUCAGCGUGACAACUGUGAGCGUGACUUGGACCAGCACAACGGCGACCAGCGGCACCACCUCAGUCAGCACGACCAGCGCCACAACCCCGUCCACCUCCACCACAAGCAGCACCAGCGCAACGAGCAGCAGUUCGACUCGUACUAGUACCUCCCAGACCAGCACGAGCACUGCACACACCACGACGGUGACCAGCAGCACCAGCUCGGGGCACACCACGACCAUGACCAGCAGUGUCACGAGGAGCAGCGCCAGCGAGACCAGCAGCGCCACUGCGACCAGCACGUCGGUGAGCAGCAUCACAGCAACCAGCACUGGGAGCGUUACCAGCACGACUGGGACCAGCAGUGGCACGCGCAGCAGCACCAGCGUGACCAGCAGCAGCACCGUGACUACCACCACGUGGAGCAGCAUAAGCGCAACAAGCUCCACAAGUGUGACCAGCACAAGCCAGACAAGCAGCACCACGCGAAGCAGUACCAGCGAGUCGACCAGCACCACUCUCAGUAGCUCCAGUACAACUGGCAGCAGCACGAGCGAGAGCAGCAGCAGUAGCGAUUCCAGCACGACUGGGAGCAGUACCACCACUCGCAGCAGCACUUCGGUGAGCAGUAUUAGUGAUAGUAGCAGCACAAGCGGCACCACCACGACUGGGACCAGCAGCGCCACGCGUAGCAGCACCAGCGCAACCAGCAGCACAACAGCGACCAGCAUGUCGGUGAGCAGCACCACUCGCAGCAGCACUAGCGGGACCAGCAGAACCACUGCGACUAGCACGUCGGUGAGUGUUUCGAGCGAGAGCAGUAGCAUCAGCAGCGUGAGCUUCACGAGCACGACUGGGACCGGCAGCGCCUCGGAGACCAGGAGCACCGCUGUGACGAGCACCUCUCGCAGCAGCAGCAGCGCCAGCGCGACCAGCACGACCAGCAUCAGCACAUCCGAGACCAGCGCCACCGGAAGCGCCACUCAGAACACUGAGGCACCAUCUCAACUAUUCGCAGCACUUCGUGGCAGCACGUCUGGACCUGGGGUCGUCGGGUUCGGGCAGACGUGGAGAUGGGUAAUGAUUCCUCUGAGCAGGGGGAGGUUCAGAUUCUGCACUACAGGCGAAAGGCAGAGUAAAAAUGGGUAA